CAGGCAACCUCUGCACUCUGCUAUCUCUUUCUCUCUGCUCUCUCUCUUCCUCUCCCCCUUUGUACCAUCUACAUCAGUGACAGUACAACAGUAUGAGGAGAAAGCUGCUAACACCCUCUUGUGGAGUAGAACUUGUUCACUCUGCUUUUUAAAUGUGUAUGGUCAUAUUUGCUCCGAUCUUUGCCGUCUGUGCAUUUGCAACAUGUGGAGGGUACUCUGGUCACCUGCGGGUUAAAGUGGAAUGUCUAGACAAGAGCCAGAGCAACCUCAGCAUCACCGUAAACUUUGCCUAUCCCUUCAGGUUACAGCAGAUCCAUUUCAAUCCCACACUGUGUGAGGGGAACAGACAGGAGACCAUCUUCCUGGUAGGAGACUACUCCUCCUCAGCUCAGUUCUUUGUGACUGUGGCAGUCAUUGCCUUCCUCUACUCCCUGCUGGCCACCGUGGUGUACAUCUACUACCAGAACAAGUACCGCGAGGGUAACAGAGGACCACUGGUGGACUUUGUAGUGACCGUGCUCUUCGCCUUCAUGUGGUUGGUAAGCUCCUGUGCCUGGGCCAAAGCUCUGUCUGAUGUGAAGUCAGCCACAGAUCCCACCCAGGUCCUCCUGCUCAUCUCCGCCUGCAGACGCCCAGCCAACCGGUGUUCAGCUUCCCACCACCCAGUCUGGUCUGAGCUCAACACGUCUGUGGUCUUUGGUUUUGUAAACUUUAUCCUCUGGGCCGGCAACAUCUGGUUUGUUUUCAAAGAGACAGGCUGGUACAAGACAGGCCAGAGGUACCCAAUGAGAAGCGCCUCUGAGAGACGGGCCAAUGGGAUGAGCCAACGACUCUUCAGCCAGAGCAGUUUCGACCAAUCAGGGGACAGCUUCUAUCGUCACCCAAACAGGCAGGCUAGUUUCGACCAAUCACGGGAGAGCUUUGGCCAGCAACACUACAGCCAAGGCAGCUUCAACCAAUCAAUGGGUAGCUUACGCUUGCCGCAGACCAGUCUAGGACAGCCAAUCAUCAUCAGUCAGGGGGAUGUCAACUCUAAAGGGCCUAAUCCUAUCAUAUGUAUCAAUGACAUUUAGAUCACAUUUCAUAUACAUUUUGCCCUCAUCUACUUACCCUCACAAACUUGACUAGAUCUGAAAAUACUAUUGUAUAUUGAUACCUGACCAUAAGGUAUAGGAAUAAGCCAUGUAUAUUUUCUGAUGUGAAGUUUACAAGGGCCAGUGGACGAGGUUGUAAUUAUUAAGGGGGUGGACUGUAAGAGGGAAAUAAGAUAGUGUAGUAAAAGGGAAGUAAGGGGUAUUUAGCAAGUGAGUUUUUAAGAGGUGAUCGGAGUGGAUUGGAGAUAUGGGGAUGUGCUACCGAAAUCAAUUAGAUAUGGGGAUGCGCUACCGAAAUCAACGAAUAGCGGGAAACAACGCAAUCGUACAUUACACAUUCUCAGCAUGCAAAAAUAGAGUAUGUGAAUUUUAGGAAAUUGAGUAUGGUUUAAAUCCCAGGAUAUUAUACUCAUUUCGGCUCUUCAUCUAGUAAAAUUCGAUGCACACUUUUCCACAAUGCAUUGGAAGAGGUGGGCUGCGAGUGACAGGCCCUAGUUCUCUUCAAGAUGCCAAACAACAAAACUAGGCUACUUAAUUGGAAAGAGACCGAAUAGCGAAGCUUCUGCGGUGGUGUUCAAAUGUAGGCUAAGUAGUUUUUGUUCUCCUUAAAAUGAUCACCAGUAUUGCAUUGUAGGUUACAUCUUUGAAAACAAACAUUUUCUUCUCAUUGAAAAGUGUUUCUUGUUCUCUUGGCCUUCAUUAAACGAAAUAGUCUACUUUUUUUAUUCUGAAUGUGUCUGCACCGUGGACUCUGGAUGUGGCUGUGUUAUUGAUGUCACGUUAAUCAGGCCUUUUGAUUUGAACAUAUGGAUUGUUUGUUUUUUAAGGUAGGCUUCCUAUAAAACCUUUUUAUUUAUGGAUCAAGCCUCGUUCCCAAUGAUCAGUACUUUAGUUUAUUAUGUUACUGUCCAGCAGUUCUGAAUUUGCGAUGUACCCGACUAUCCAUGUUUCUCUGUGCAAUAGCCUUUUGAUUUGAACAUUAGUACAUUUUUGGUGUGUGUACUAGGCUAUUUGAUUUAAUGUAUAUAUGCUACAGCACUUUGGUUUUACUAAUAAAUAUGUUGAAAUGGAACCAAAUUAGGCUAUAUUGUAAUUAUCUAAGGAGGUGGACUGUAAGAGGGAAAUAAGAUAGUGUGGUAGAAGGGAAGUAAGGGGUAUUUAGCAAGUGAGUUUUUAAGAGGAGAUCGGAGUGGAUUGGAGAAUGUAUCAGAAAUCGAAAUCGUGUGAGAGAAGACUGUCUGUGUGAAUAGUGUGAAUGUGAGAGGUUUGGCUUUGCUCACAUUCUAUCUACAGAAUUUGACUUUUUUGGACUUUGCAUUACUUGUGGUGGCUGUCUUAUGGAAGUGGUUUUAUUGGUGUUUAGUCUAUAACUUGGUGUGUUUAGUCUAUAACUUGGUAUGUUUAGUCUAGAACUUGGUGUGUUUAGUCUAGAACUUGGUAUGUUUAGUCUAGAACUUGGUAUGUUUAGUCUAGAACUUGGUAUGUUUAGUCUAGAACUUGGUAUGUUUAGUCUAGAACUUGGUAUGUUUAGUCUAUAACUUGGUGUGUUUAGUCUAGAACUUGGUGUGUUUAGUCUAUAACUUGGUAUGUUUAGUCUAGAACUUGGUGUUAGUCUAGAACUUGAUGCAUCGGUGCACAGGUGUUAUCUGUAUUUCACUUGAGGUUCAAUGAUUGAUGUUUUUAUUUACAAAUUGUUUUAUGCUUCAGUAGGUUUGUGCUGUUGAAUUUAAAAUUGCGGUGGGGACAUACGUUUGUGAACUGCGUAUUAUAUAUACUCUAAUUAUACCAUCUGGUUCUUCAAUUGAUGCAGUGUGCUUGAUUGGUGGUGGGUGGCUGUGCUGUGUGUUGAUAUUGUUAUGCAGUGAUGUUCCACAGUGAGUCGUUACACACUUUUUGUAUACUUGUUGUCAUUUCUCAAUGGUUUUAAAGUGAUGGUGAUAUUUCACAGGGAUCUUAAUAAUACUGACAUUGAAGAUGCACAAAUAAAG